UCUCCCGAGCUGGACAUGCAUAUUCGGGGUCAUCUGCUUUCGCUGCGCUGCUCGCGGCCGAGACCCCCCCCUAACCAAACCGAGUGGGCGUGUCGACAUCGAAUCACCAACCCUGGCUCUCAUCGGCUUCUCAAUGGCAACCUGAGCAAUUCUCUCAACAACAACAACCGUCAUAGCCGCCAGCAUUUGGACGAUGCCCCACCAAAUCUCUCAAACCGCCUGGCCACAUGACAGGCUGCGUUUAAUCUCUCUCCACACCGUCCUCGCUGGCUCGAGCGGGUACUUGCACUCAUCUUUCGAUCAUCGACUUCGCUUGUGUUGUGUAUGUGACGCAAUCUCAUACACACUCUUUUUUCUAAUACUAUGUAAUAUUUCUUAUACCUUUUCUUCAUUUUCUUUCUUCUUUUUUUCAUUAGCAAUCUCACUUUGGCGUCAUGCAUUAUCAACGUCUAUGAAAGGCGGCGGGGGGGGGGGGACACUCUACUGGCAUUGGGAAUUGGAAGGGAAUCAUGUACUACUACUACUACUACUGGAGCAUUCGUGGGUUCGUCGCGGAAUACCCUGGGAUGUUGACGACUGGGUUUUGUUUUUUAUUGGAUUAGGUCGGGAUACGAUGGGCAGGAGAUAACGAUUGAAAUGUGGGAUUGAAACUACCAUCUUGCCCCGUCUGGCGGUCAUAGACACUACAAUGAAACUUGGCAUUUGCUGCUACUACUACUCUCUCUGUCUCUC